AUGCUGGUGACCUAUUUGGAAGCCAGCCGGGACCCUUGCGAGACGGACUCAAUUCUCUUUGGCGCCGCACUGGCAGUCUGCCGUAUUAUGGGCGCCAAACUUUCCACGGCUGGACGCACUACUGGACAAAGUAGUGCUAUCCCAGCCUGGAGAACAAGAAUUGAAGAACGUAUCGCAAAGGCUAGGGCCCUCAUCGGCAGACUGAUAUGCUUCAGGUCAGGCAAUACCAGGCCAAGGAUUGUGCGCAGCGUCAGGAUGGCGUUUGCUGGGACAAAUGUUAGUUUGUCCCAGCCGAAUAUAAUGCAAAAACUGACGGAGCGCAUAGACGACCUGAAGCAGAGAAUCGCUGCUUGGGGAAAGCGAAUUCGGCGAUAUACCGAGAGGUCGACACGGUUCAACCAGAAUCGUCUCUUCCAGAGUGAUCAGAAGAGGCUCUAUAAAUCAUUGGAGCGACCAAUGGUAAGUGGAACGGGCCCAGUACCGAAUCAGGCCGACACGGUCGCAUUCUGGCGCAGCCUGUGGUCAGAGCCCGUAAACCACAACGAGGGCCCUUGGAUGGAAGUUGUGGCAAGUCAGUGUGCGGGUAUUACGCCCAUGGACCCCGUCACCAUAACGCCGGAUGACGUAGAUGAGGCGGUCCGUAUGGCCCCUAACUUGAAAAGUCCGGGACUCGACGGGCUGCAUCACUACUGGCUGAAGGGGUUCGUGGUGUGUCACACUGUGCUCGCCCGACAGUUUCAAGAGGUUCUCAACCAGAAGUCGCUCCCGAGCCUCUUCACUACUGGGAUCACCCAUUUGGUUCCUAAAGGCCAGGGGCGAAAGGGGGGAGAAACUGGAGGUUUUGCGUAUCUGGAGGUUGAGCUGGAGCCAUCUGUAACCGUCACCGAGCAAAACCUGGCAGACCGAGUUCAGUAUAUCUUGCGCUCAAAUACAUUUGAUGUCACCGAACUCGAACGGCUACGACGUGAGGCUGUUCCUUCAUCGGGUGAAAAUGCUGCGGCUGAGGAUGCGGCGCCACAACUUGCUGAGCAAACGGCAAAUGUGGAUGCCGCCGUAAAUAGGCUAGUUGUGGUUGACUCAAACGAUGACGGAACAGUCGCCCAGGAACUGGAACUAGAGCAAAUUAGGAGUACAUUGGAGGAGGCGAUUGUGGAAACGCGCAGUAUGCCUCUCGAAAAUCGACCGCGACUUCCCCGCAUAGCCCUAAGCAAGUGGAAUCGGGCUGUCGUGAGGGCUCUGAACCCAAUGCUGGUGACCUAUUUGGAAGCCAGCCGGGAACUUUGCGAGACGGACUCAAUUCUUUUUGGCGCCGCGUUGGCAGUCUGCCGUAUCAUAGGCGCCAAGGUUUCCACGGCUGGACGCGCUACUGGCCAUAGUAGCGCUAUCCCAGCAUGGAGAAGAAGAAUUGAGGAACGUAUCGCAAGGGCUAGGGCCCUCAUCGGCAGACUGAUAUGCUUCAGGUCAGGCAAUACCAGGCCAAGGAUUGUGCGCACCGUCAGGAUGGCGUUAGCUGGGACAAAUAUUAGUUUGUCCCAGCCGGAUAUAACGCAAAAACUGACGGAGCGCAUAGACGACCUGAAGCAAAGAAUCGCUGCUUGGGGAAAGCGGAUUCGGCGAUAUACCGAGAGGUCGACACGGUUCAACCAGAAUCGUCUCUUCCAGAGUGAUCAGAAGAGGCUCUACGAAUCAUUGGAGCGACCAAUAGUAAGUGGAACGGGCUCAGCACCAAAUCAGGCCGACACGGUCGCAUUCUGGCGCAGCCUGUGGUCAGAGCCCGUAAACCACAACGAGGGCCCUUGGACGGAAGUUGUGGUGAGUCAGUGUGCGGGUAUUACGCCCAUGGAUCCCGUCACCAUAACGCCGGAUGACGUAGCUGAGGCGGUCCGUAGGGCCCCGAACUGGAAAAGUUCGGGGCUUGACGGGCUGUAUCACUACUGGCUGAAGGGGUUCAUGGUGUGUCACGCUGUGCUCGCCCGACAGUUUCAAGAGGCUCUCAACCAGAAGUCGCUCCCAAGCCUCUUCACUACUGGGAUCACUCAUUUGGUUCCUAAAGAUCAGGGUGCCACAGACCCGAGCAAAUACCGCCCCAUCACCCACGAUUCGAUUAAUACUACAUUGCACCACAGCCACGGUAUUAAAGAUAGACUUUCUCCAUAA